GUGUCGAAGCCACAGUUGCAAGGUGUGAGUCGCAAGGAACGCGCCCCUGACAACACUCAUCUCCUGAGAUCUCUCGCCAACCCCACCGAUUUUUUUUGUUCUUUUUGUUUUUUUCUCUCCAUACCGGCAUACUCUCUCUCCCUACCUAUCUGUUGCUACCUCCCUCCUUCAACCUUCUCACGUCCUCAAUCCAGCGGGUGCUAGAGAGAGAAAGAAAAGGAGCGAGAGAGAGCAUUACCAAGUUUUCUCUAAGGUCCGUUGUGGACGCCGGAGUCCAAAGCGAGUGUUCGUCCAAGUACGAAAUUGUUAGCCAUGGAAAUUUACUUCGUGUUGAUGUCCGUCGCCUUUUAUAUAGCCUCGGCUUUUAGAGGGAAUACUAUCACAGCUGAGGUCACCAGCGACUCUGGUGUGGACUGCCGGAGUACUGUCGACGUCGGGACCUGCGAGGGGCAGGAGGAGGCGUGGUACUACGUCCACGAGGACAACAGAUGUGCCUUCUUCGUCUACUCCGGUUGCGGGGGGAACGGAAAUAGAUUCACAAGCAAAGGAAACUGCGAGGCGGCCUGCAUGAAAACCCCUAGGUGCCCAGAGAGCGAUUGCCCGGAGUCCUGCACCAAGGAGAGUGACGGUGGAGGAUGCUACGUUUGCGCCUGCACUAAAGCCGAGGCGGAGCAAGUGUGCAAGGAGGCGCCCCAGCGGGGCUACUGCCGGGCGCUGCAGUACAAGUGGGCGUGGGACGCCAAGGCCCGCAAGUGCAUCCAGUUCCUCUACGGAGGCUGCGGCGGGAACGAGAACAACUUCGACACCGAGGAGAUGUGCAGCAAGAUCUGCAGGAAAUUAUGAGGAGGAGGAAGAUAAAGGAGGGAGUAGGAGGAGGAAAAAUGAAGAAGAGGAUAAUAAAGGAGGGAGUAGGAGGAGGAAAAAGGAAGAGGAUGAUGAAGGAAAGAGUAGGAGGAGGAGGAAGAAAAAUGAAAGACAAUAAUGAAACAAGAUCAAGUAUUCGUCGUGUGAGGAUAUCUGCUGGAAAUUAUGAGAAAAAGAAAAAGAAUUAGAAGAAGAUGAUGAUGAUGAUAAAGGAUGGAAAAGAAGAAUGAAUAAGGGCGGAAGAAAGGAAAGGGUGCAUGAGAAUAAUGGUACACAGCUGAGGAGGAGGAGAAAGAGGUAUGGAAGAUAAAAACAAUUCUAUACUGAUUACACAAGUUCACGUAUAUAUAUAUAUAUAUAUAUAUAUAUA